GGCGCGCACUACAUUACAACGUCAACGUUAGAAAUGGGUUUGGCAGCAGUCCAAUGCAGUCAACGUUUAAAACCACCUGCAUUAUAAUAAGCUAAACUUUUCUGACGAUUUGGGCUCUCAAAAUUUCCCAAUUUUGAGAAAUUUCAGUGUUGGAUACCUCUUGGAUGUUUAGGAGGAAGUGAUGAAUCGUUUGAAUCUGUAGUGACUGGGCAUCUUUGGUGAAUAAAUAACGCACAGACUGAAGAGAAGUAGACAGAAGUUUGCAGUCGGUCAAGUGCGGAAAACUGUGUUCUUGGUGCUUCGUAUUUGCAGGCUAUUGCUGGUGGACAGCGCGUAGGGGGAGGCAAGCCUGCCGUACAUUCCAAUUCCUCUGAUAUUUUCUCGGUUCUCUACAGUUUCUUAAACUGUAAAUGCUAGACUGAAGAUGGCAAGCACCGAAGAUGGUGUGCCCAAUGGGCUCAAUGGCUCGACAGAUGAUGCUGAUGGAAGAGUCAGCACGGAGUAUGAUCAUGAGUCUGAAGACAUGCCUCACCGGGCAUCUGGAGCCGAGAUGGAUGAGCAGAGAACGAAGAACAUUGCCUACCAGUAUCUGUGUCAUCUUGAGGAAGCAAAAAAGUGGAUGGAAGCUUGUAUCACUGAGGAACUCCCACCAACCACAGAGCUAGAGGAGGGACUAAGAAAUGGCGUCUACCUCGGGAAAUUGGCGCAUUUCUACGCCCCGAAGAAGGUUCCCUACAAACGCAUCUAUGACAAAGAUCAGACAAGAUACAAAGCAAGCGGUCUUCAUUUCCGCCACACGGAUAAUAUCGUCCAGUGGAUGAGAUCAAUGGAGUCAAUAGGAUUACCAACGAUUUUCUACCCUGAGACGACAGAUGUUUAUGACAGAAAGAACAUGCCGAAGACGGUCUAUUGCCUGCAUGCGCUCAGCUUGUAUCUCUUCAAGUUGGGUAUUGCACCACAGAUCGAGAGUCUGUACGGGAAAGUGGACUUCACUGAGGAAGAAAUCAGUGCUAUGCAACAGGAAUUGGAUAAAUACGGAAUCAACAUGCCUGCAUUUGGCAAGAUCGGAGGCAUCUUAGCCAAUGAGCUUUCUGUUGAUGAUGCAGCAGUGCAUGCUGCAGUCAUCGCCAUCAAUGACGCCGUUGAGAAACAGGUGUCUGAGGACACAUUGAAAGCGCUACACAACCCUAACGCCAUGCUGGUCACUCUCAUUAACGACAACCAAGACUUGUAUCAAGAGACGCUGUACAAUGCUAAGCAAAGUAAACACCAGAGUGCUCUGAAUAAGAGUAUGAGAGAAGGAGACGAUAUGACUGAGAGAGAGAUUUAUGACAUGCUUCUCACACAAGCUGAAAUACAGGGGAACAUCAGCGCUGCUAAUGUUCAGAAUCAGAUAACUGUGAUCAACUCUGUGUUGGACGCUGGCGAUGUGAACGCCUUGGUGCGAGCCCUGGAGAGUCCAGCCAUCGGAAUCAAGAAUGUGAAAGCAGAGAAUGGCCGAUGGUAUCUGAAUGCACUCAACCAGGCGAGGAGACAGAAGAUACAGAAUGAGGGAUCUGAUGAUGCGUUCUUGGACAAGGAUGAGCUACAAGUCGGUGUUAACAUGGCCAACUCUGAAGCAGAUGAACGCAAGCAAAUGUUGAAAGCUGUUCGAGAUAUCAACGGGGCUAUUGACUCUGGGAAUGCCAAAGAGACGGUGUCUCUGCUGAACAGACCCGAGGCCAAGCUACCCACCUUGGAGCCGCAGUGGGCUGAUCUCUAUCAGGAGGAACUAGGCAGACUCAAGACGACCAAUGAAGCGGAUCUUACACAUGACCAGCUCUCUGAAGCUCUCCAAGUACUAAAGACAGUAGCAGGCAUCAAUCAUGCCGUGGAUGCAGGAGACCCUACUGCUACUGUACACCUCAUGUUGCUCCCCGAGGCCUGCCUGACUGACAUAGAGGAAGACGAAACAGUCUGGCAGAGGUACCAGGAUAAACUGGCAUCCAGAAAGAGAAAAAAUGCAUCGAGUGGUGCUGACUAUCUACUACAAGAGCAUGUACAGGGAUGCGUUGAGAUGGUUAAUGCGGAGCUACUUGAAGAACAUGAAAGGAUCAUGGCUGUUGCUAAGAUCAACGAAGCCCUUGAUACGGGAGACCCCAACGAGACACUCCAGGCUCUGCAGACCCCCGCCGCUAAGCUAAGAGAAGUAGAACCAGAUCUUUAUAUCCUUUAUCUCAUCACACUACGAGGAGAGAAAGACCACAAGGCAGAGUUGACUGAGGACGAGGCGGCAGUGUUGUGGCUAGAUGAGAUCCAGGAUGGGAUUGAUAAAUCCAACAACAAGAACACCAACGCAAACAAACUGGCUGUGACUGUCGCCAACGUGAACAUGAUGAUAGAAGACAAGAAGUCAGCCCCACUACUUGAGGCGCUGCGUCAACCUGACUUGGCUCUGAACUCAGUCGUCCCUGACUGUGAGGAGAUGUACCUGGAGAAACUCACAGAGGCCAAAGAAAAUAAAACAAAGAGUGGUUCUCCUGGUAGCUGGGUGUGCCAUAAGCUUAGGGAUGGAAGUAACUUCUACUUCAACUUCUUAACCAUGGAGUUCAGUUGGAUGGAGCCAGAAGACUUUUGUGAUUCCAAUCUGCAGCUCUCUAAGGAGGAAAUUCAGAGAGUGGUGACUGGGGUAACGGCAGAGUACGACCGUGCUCUUCUCUUCAAGUCCAACGAGGGUAAGAUAGUGACUCUUCAGUCUCAUGUGAGAGGAACCAUCGCUAGGAAGGCCUACAAAGAGAGGUUAGACUUCAUCAGGAGGCAACUGCCUGCCAUCAUCCGUAUACAGAGCUGGCUCAAGGGCUUCCGACAGAGGCAUGCUUACAAGGAAAGAUUGGAUUUCCUCAACGGUCAAGAAGAAACUGCAGUCAAAUUGCAAUCCUACGCGCGGAUGCACGCCGACCAGAAGAAGUUCCAAGGAAGACUCAACUUCUUCAAGAAAAAUGUUGACUCUGUGGUGAAGAUGCAAACUUUCUGGAGAUCCAACAAAGCCAGGAAUGAUUAUUUCACACUCGUUAAGUCGGAUCAUCCUCCUGUCAGUGUAGUUGCAAAGUUCGUUCACCUCCUGGAACGGAAUGAAAGAGACUUGAAUGAAGAACUUGAACUUCAAGAGCUUCGUGAGAAAGUAGUGAAGAAGAUCCGAUCCAACCAGCAAUUGGAGAGCGACCUGAACGUCAUGGACAUCAAAAUUGGCCUGCUGGUCAAGAACAGAAUCACGCUUCAGGAUGUGGUGUCUCACGGUAAGAAGCUCCGACGCAACACGGAGACGAGCCGCACCUCUGGCCUGAAGGCCAUGAGCAAGGAGAAACGUGAGAUGUUGGAGGCAUACCAGCAUCUAUUCUACCUACUUCAGACGGACCCACACUACCUGGCCAAGCUCAUCUUCGCCAUGCCUCAGAGUCGCACCACCAAGUUUAUGGAGUCGGUCAUCUUGACGUUGUAUAACUACGCCGCCAAUCAGCGAGAGGAAUUCCUGAUGUUGAAGCUGUUUAAAACGGCGUUGGAGGAAGAAAUAACGAUGAUUUCUAAAGUGGACAAGAUGAUGGAGAUUGUGACAGGAAGCCCUAUGGUCAUCAAAAUGGUGGUCACAUUCAACAGGGGUACCAAAGGUCAGAGUUCACUGAGGGACAUCCUACAGCCUCUAGUGAAGGGCGUGAUGGACGAUAAGAAGAUGAAUAUUAACACCAGCCCGACAGACGUCUACAAGGCAUGGAUUAAUCAGAUGGAGUCUCAGACUGGUGAAGCAAGUAAGCUUCCGUACGACGUACCUACAGAGGUAGCUUUACAACACAAGGAGGUACUAGAGAGAAUAGAGCAAUCAGUCAAGAGCCUUGGUGCCGUAGCUGAAAGAUUCCUCACUGCCAUCAUAUCCGCCAUCGAUAAGUUCCCGUAUGGUAUCCGCUACAUUGCCAAAGUCUUGAAGUUGUCACUUCACAACAAAUUCCCUAAUUCCACAGAUGAGGAAGUACUGAAGAUUGUUGGUAAUCUGAUCUACUAUCGCUACAUGAACCCAGCCAUCGUUGCUCCAGAUGCGUUUGAUAUCAUUGACAUCUCAGUAGAGAAAGGAAUGACCAAUGACCAACGGAGAAACUUGGGAUCUGUCACUAAGGUCCUGCAGGCUGUUGCAUCCGGAAAAGCGUUUGGUGGUGAAAGUGCUCACCUAGCUUCCCUCAAUGGAUUUGUCAACGAGGCAUUUGGACGGUUCAAGAACUUCCUGCUGAAGGUGUGCGAUGUACCGGAGCCAGAAGAACGAUUUAAUAUCGAUGAGUACGCAGACUUUGUCAACCCUUCCAAACCCAUAGUGUACAUGUCAGUCAAGGAGAUCAUCGACACGCACGCUUUGUUACUUGAGCAUCUUGAGUCGUUGGCACUGGAGGGAACCGAUCCUCUCCACGAGCUGCUAGAAGAUCUUGGGGAAGUCCCCUCACCCGAAGACAUCUUAGGUGAGAUACCAGGUGAGGCAGGGGAUGCUCAGUACGAUGCAAUCCUGGCAAGUAUGGCCAAGACUGAGAUGUCACUCACACUCACUAAUAAGUUUGAGUUACAAGAAGAUGACGAUAGCGACAAGAAACGACUCUUCAUCAAGACCAAGAGAUUACUUGUUGACGUGAUACGCUGCCAAUCUGGGGAUAAUGUCACACAGAUCUUAAAUACUACAGCUUCAGAUGAACAGGAGGAGCAGCAUUCCGCAAUGCUGCAGCAGAGAAUGAAGCAAGAUGAGAAGGCUGAUAGUAGUCAGAAGAUGAAACGGAACACGUCGGCCAUGGACGAUAGCAAGUUGCCGUUGCAAUCCAAGAAGGAGAAGAUUCUACGAAACCUGAACAUCCUUGAGAAGGCAGGAAUGGUUGAAAGUGAAGACCACUAUCAGAUCAUGGUCAAUGCAAUAGCACAGGAUAUAAGGAAUCAACGUCGCUAUCGACAGCGAAGGAAACAAGACAUCGUGAAGAUGAAAGGUACGCUGGGUGCCCUGGAGGCUAAGGCUGAGUUCUACGAGGACCAGACAGAUUAUUACAAUCAGUACAUACGAACCUGCUUGGACAACCUACAGGCAAAGAGGUCGUCGAAGGCUAAAACCAAGACGGAUAAGAAAGCAGCCACAGUGACGUACAACGCAGCCAGACUCCAUGAAAAGGGGGUCAUACUAGAGAUUGAAGGACUAGAAGAUACACAAUUCAAGAAUGUGAUGUUUGAGAUCCGACCGUCCUCCUUGCCGGGUGGAUUUGACAUCUCGGCUAAGUUCCUUGGAGUCAAGAUGGACACAGUACAGGUUGUAUUCCAGGAUCUAUUGCAGCUACAGUACGAGGGAGCGUCCGUCAUGAACAUGUUCGGCCGAGCAAAGAUCAACGUCAACCUUCUCAUCUAUCUACUCAAUAAGAAGUUUUACGGCAAAUAGUUUGGAGUCAGAAGAAUUAAGUUCACAAUGUCGUGUCCGCGUGGGGACUUCAGCUUGAUUUUCUAAGUCCAAGGCAUCUAAAUUACAAAGCUGUGUCUGAAUGUCGACUACGACUAGAUUUCUGCUAGAUUUUUCUGCGACACCAUGCGUUGAAGUAUAGGACGUCCUUUAGCAACACCCUUAGUGAGAGUUGUAGCCGUAACUCGGAAACAGCUUAAGAUUUCUUCAGGGGAUGGUUUAAACAAGUUGAUUGAUUGUUAUUACCAAGCAAGUUGGGAUUACCGAAAACCAAUCACUAUUAAGGCGAUAGUGGAUACUUGAGAAGCUUCGACAAGAUGAGUUUUGUGGAACCAGGCUCAGUUUACGUAAAGAGUUGGUACAGUUUUUGUGAUUCGCAGACAAAAAUUAGUGCACGAGUUUUAAACUGGAAAGACUACCAGGUAUAAAGUUGAUUACAAACAUAAACCCUGGUCAUUUGGUUGGUGUAACACUUGUCAUGUGUCAUACCAUAUUCUGCCAUGUAUUUACUGCCAUGACAUGUGACACAAAAAUAUAGGAGUCCUAUAUUUAUCAAUAUAGCACUUCACGUGGAUGUUCAAAGCAUCGUUUCCAAAAUAACCGUUCCCGCCGUUUGUCCAAAUGAGGAAAGGCCGGGUAAUGGUGAGUGUACUUGACGACCAAAAGCAUUAGCUGUACCAACCCUUCAAGUGCUUGAAGGGUUUCCUUAUUGAAGUUGGUUUGUCAUACAAAGCGAGGUGCCAAAUUUUGAAGAAACAUUUUGACCAAAAUUGGUUGCUCUGUCCGAAAUUUCAAGUCAUAUUCUUUACAUGAUGACCAGUAAUAAUUACUAGAAUCAAAAUGUAUAUAAAUUUCUACUGUAAUCUCUUCCAUUGUAAAAUUAAUUUGGUCUAUUCUUUAAAAUUUUGUACAACUUUCAUAUAUCAAGUAAGCUAACAAAAAUGGAAGGGGGAAUAAGUUAAGAUUUCGGAGAAGAAAAUAUAAAUUGUCAAGCAUCGUGCCGUGUUGUAUAGUUGAAAUUUAGCCAAAUGUCAAUUUAAUUUUGUUUUAAUGUGUAUUGCUUGAAUAUUGGUACACUUGGUUUAUAUGCAAGUGAGAGCAUAGUGGGGUAGGUUGACGUUUUUUUCUGAUCGAGUGAUGACCCAACAAACUUUGAAGGUCAUCACUCACUCAUAACUCAUAACUCAAAAUGAUUACACAUGGUAUACCUUUGGUAAUUACUACAAAAAAUAACAAUGAUAAAAACUUACUCCCUGAUUUUAUUUUUUAUUUUUUUGUAAAGAUGAACCUUAUUGCAAAUUUAGAAAUGCAUAGCUUUGAAAAUUGUUGAACGAGGUGGUAACAAACGUUGUACAUAAUUAAUUGUCUUGUCUAUAACCCUUCUGAAUAGUUUGCUGCGAGAAGAGGUGACAAAAUUUAUAAGCACAGGAAAUUAUCCAAAAUAAUUAUGUUAUAAACAAGCCAUAAUUUGUUGUCGGGUUCAGUGUAUUGUUUAAAGGUUUUUUUAAAAAAAAUUAUUCCGCUGUUUUUGUUAAAGUUUUUUUGUCUUAGCUGAAAUGUUCAUGGUGUGUCAUCAGGUUGUUAAACCACUGUUAAAAAAAUUACUCUUUUCUCAAUAUUUUGGUUGUCUUGAAAGCAGGAAUACUGGCAAAAAAUAAAAAGUCUUGAAAUAAACUUAAGUUAAACACAGCAUGUCAACCAAGUUGUUAUCCAGUUAGUUGUGGUAUAGAAUUCAUGUCUUUCUUUUUGUGUGAUGUGUGGCAGGUUUAAGCAGCCCAGUUUUAAAACAUGUAGUUCGUGCAUUAUCGCACUUCAAUGCAUGCAACAUGAAAGACGACGUCGCGAACUGUGAGUGUAAUGUUUAGGCUCUAGAAUCUCCAUGUUGUGAAACAAUAUUUGUUUUUGUAAAGAUUUUAUUUUAAACGCAGAUGAAAUUGAAUUCAUCAACUACCAAAAUAUUCUUGCAACUGAAUGUUUUGGUUUUUUUUUCUUCCAAAAUUCAUUUAUUGCAGGGAAGUAGAUAUUGAGCACUAAGUAGAGAUUUUCCUGUAAUUUUUGGCCUAAAAGAAGCCUAUUUCACUUUCUUUUGUUCAUAUUUCAAUAAUUUUGCCCUCUCAGUUGAAACAGUCAUUCACUUUGACUUUGAGGUAGGCACAUUUAUUUAUAAUCUGAUUACAUGCAUUCAAUAUUUGUUUAAUGUUACUAAAAAACUUCCAGCGAACGCUGCCUCGUAAAUGAUUAAUCAGAAACAAGUAUCCCUUCGAUCUAGACCUCUGUGAAAUAAACACUUAAUUUAUCUCAAAUAAUCUUUAAAAUAUUAGCAAUCACUACAAACACUAAAGUAAUUUUUUUGCAAAGAAAAUGUGCCUUUGUAGAUAUUCAAAACAAAAUCACCACCCCAAAGUCAACCCAGUUAAACUUGAAAAAAAAAUUGUGAAUUUUUGUUGUGCCUCUCUCUUUUUUUCUUGUAAAGAGUUUUACUGUGCCUUAUUGUCAUAAUCUAUUCUCUUCCCAUUUAUUUAUCAAAAGCUUGUUUGAUUUUAUACUAUCUGAUUUUGAGUGUUAAGUGUGCCUUUCUACUGUAAUUUAUAUUUUACAUAUUGGUUUGUAGUUAUUGUAAUGCAUGAAAUAUGAUUAACCGAAACCAAGUAGAAGAGAUGUUUUAGUCUUUUGAAACAAAAUUUGGGUCGACCUGCGAGCUCUGAAUUGUUUGACUUUGCUUCUUUCGUUGUGCUCAAGCAGCUCUAUGCCUUCAGGACCAGCAGGUAGUUUGCGAGCAGUCUUCCAUUGAUCCUUAUUAAUAUGUAGAUGUCAUUGAAUCUGUGUUGCUCCUUGUUCUGUUAAUAGACUCAAGGAAAGACAGCACCUUACAAAAGGUUUGGGGCCAACCAGCAAAAAUAAACCUGUUUCUUAAGUGCAUCUAGGAAAUCACCUACUGUUCACUCAAUUCAAACUUGCAUUAUAAUUGGCUCUAUUUUUAUGUUUUCUAUUUUUUUCUUUUGUGGGUGGGGGGGGGGGGAGAAGUGUAUAUAUAGAGAGUUACAGUUCUGAAAUUUCCCAUUUUGGGGGUUCGCUUUAGUUCUUUGAACUCAUUUCGCAUGUUUAAAAGGAGCAUAAUGUUAUCAGACACACAGAUCCCUCUCAUUUGAGUGGAGGAACACUUGUCGCAUGUCAACCUAUAUUUUGCCAUGCAUUACUUUCAUGGGACCUAAACAUUUAAUAUUGGAGUCCAAUAUAGGAGGCCAAAACUCUUAUUUGUUAAACACUUAGCGUUUUAUUAACAUGAAAUAAAAACCCUAGUUCUCCUUAGCUCAUGCAUGGUUGGACAUGACACAAAAUGUAGACAUCUAAAUUGAUUUACAACUUAGUUGUCAGUCUAUAAUGAAGCCAAUGCUGGCCAAUGUUUAGUUUUGGUAUAUAUAUAUAUAUAUAUAUAUUGUUUUAAUUUCUUAUGCAUUUAUUAACUAAUAAGCACUAUGUUAUUAGCAAUAAUAAACCAUAACUGCAUUUGCUUAUUAACAUUAGAUGGAGGCAUGGUGCUAAAAAUAGAAUAUGGAUGAACUAUGACCUUUUAUGAGGGAAUGUCAAACAAAGUCCAUCUGCAAAAUAAAAUUUUGCAUCAACGAAA